GGUGUUUCCUAUUUGACUGAUGAGGAGCUGCUUCGUUCAGUCAGCAGAACGUCUCGAGGACCCGAGAGAGAGCGCGCGCCUCUCUACUUCUGUUUCUUUAUUAAUUAUAAAAAAAAAAGUGUAAAACUCUCCUUUAACUGUUUAUUUGGUUCUGCAUCAUUUUAUUCCUGACAGGUUGAGCAAGCAGUAAGAGAGACAAUGGACGAUGGAAACAAAGAGCCACACACCUGUGGGAGCGGCCAGCAGAGAGCUCAGCACUCCAGACCCUUCUUCUAUGUGCAGCCGCCGUCCCAGCCCUAUUACCUCUACCAGCACAUGCAGAUGAACAACCCCUACAGCCACUAUGGGGUCCCUGGAGGUUAUAACAUGGGCCGCCCCUGCAUGCACCCGUACCAGUACAUGCAGUAUCCUGGGUUUGUUUACCCACACGCCCCGAUAUAUCCGAUGGACUACAGGCGAAUGUUUGAGCCCCGCUUCCACCAACCCACCUGGAACGACAUGCCUCGUCAGCAGUAUCCUCAGCAGCAGUAUCCUCCGCAGCAGCAGUAUCACCACCCACAGCCUUACGGGCGUCGGGAAACGGCGUGUUCCGAGGUUCAAACCGACCCGAGCGACACCAUAACCAAACUCAUCGAGUGCCUGGAUAAAAUCCGAGCCACCGAGCUGCAGGGUGCCGAGAGAGAACUGGACUCUGGCGUCGCCUCACAGUCCUCUGGGAUGUUUUCUCCGACCGAAGAGAAGAAAAGUGAAGAUCAAGGUCACGUCCUGCCGCCGGCGCCCGAUGACAGCAACUCGGAGUCCCUAGCUGUGACCUUCAGCGACUCCACGACGGCGGUGUACGACGGUGAGUCCAGCCAGAGGAGCUUGGACGGCAUGAGCCCUCAUGGAUGCUGGUCGACGGUUCUGGAAGAGGAGUUGCCUCUUGAUAGCUCCUCUAUUCACGAAGAGUGUUCAGAGAUCGAGCAUCCGGCGGUGGGUGAACACUUCCUGUCUCUUGAGAAAGCAGAGGUCGCGGAUAUCCAGUCAGAUAUCUUGGUGACAGAUGCAAGUGUUCCCAAAUGUGACGCCGAGGAGCUCCUGAAGCAGAAGGCUGAUCCAAUUGUGCCUUUUUCCUUCUCUUUUACCUCCAGUCAGCCGGCGCUUAAAGAUACUAAAAGUUGCGACAAAGUCUCAAAGACUGAUCCGAGCUAUCGGAUCCUCAAGCUGCCUUUUGAGAGCGCUUUGACGCCAGGAGAUGCCGGAGCCGGACGCCUCUCCUCCCCAACUGCUCCUUACUACUACAACUACCUAUCCAUGCAGACCACUCAUGAGCGGAUGAGCGUGCUCAGUCCGUCUCUGGACGAGCUGUCCUCCAGAGACGAGAUGUUCUCCACGGAUCUGGACGACGCAGAUAUUUUCCCCAAACACGUGUACGCCAGCAGGAAGCUUCCAGAGGUUGUAAGCGGGUCUCCACAAGCCGCCGAAGCUGUCGAAGAAGUGUGGCCGCCCGGCUCAAAGAGGUCCAUGUGCGCCUGCUGUGGGAAAAGCCUUGCAAAAGGCGCCGUGAGGAGCAAAGUCCACGGCUCCAAGAUGUACAGGGACGAUGCUGGAGACUCGGAUGAGGAAGGCAGGUAUGGACGAGGGUGUGAGCAGAAGGUCAGAGUGGUUGUGAGGAAGCAUUCUGCACCCAGGAAGCCCCAUGCCGUCCCACUGAGACAUGCGGCCAAACCUUGGUAUAAAAGAGGCCAAUACAAAGAUCCAUCCGAUCCAGCGACCCAGGAGGAAGCUCACGAUGUCUGUAAGCAGGAGACGGCUGAUGUUGAGGCCGGAGAGACGACUGGAAGUGAGCUGCAGUGCAGAACAUGUACGGACAGACUCGGCAGAGAAGAUCUGACCGCGUCGGCCCAAGGAAGGUUGGGAGACGGUGACAUGAUUCCCAGGAGGAGACAAGCGAACCUGCUGCAACGACAAGAGACGAGUACUCAGAGGAAGGUGAUGUACCACAGGUCAAGAGACGAGGAUAACGAUGACGAUGAGCCUCCACCUUUGCACUGGGAGAGAGGCUCUACGAUGAGAGGAGAAACAAGAUGUUAAUGUCCCCAAAGUGUGAUGAACUGUCCCGUCCCCCCCCCCUAAAAGGUGUUAUUGUUCCAGGAUAAUGUGUUUAAAAUAUUUAGAGCACCAGGUGAAAUGCACAGCACAAUGAAUCCUCUUUUUGUUAAGAUAAAAGUAAAGAAAAAAAAAAAGAAUGUAUAAAGUUUUCUGCAGUGACACUGCCUCGCACUAUUCAUGAUUUAUGAAUUUCACAAAUGGGCGAAUGGGCUGAACGGUUGUGUUGCAGAUGACGUGGUGUUCCACAGUUUGGGGCCUGUC